GAACUCUUAGUAUUUUCUCCUCCAGAACUAUUUUUAUGUUACAAAACCAAACACAAAUACAUUUGGUAAUAUGAAUGAAUUAUACAUUAAAAGAGAGAAUAAUAUAUGUACUUUUGGCAAGGAAGCCAGUGGCUCCAGUGAUGAGAAUGGUCUUAUCCUUAACGAAGUGGAGUAUGCUUCCCAACUCCAUUAUUGAAACAGAACAAAGAGAGCGAGAAAAAUGUAUGACACGUUGGACAUGAUGCUUUACUAGCUUAUUCCCCUCUAAACCAGCCCUCCAUUCAUCAAAGGUAUGUCUCAAAAAAAGAAGAGAAAUUACUACCUUUAAAAAAUUCAUGGCAAGACAUAAUGAUUUAGGAUGUGUACGUUUGUUUCAACUUAUGUUGCAUUGUGACAGGUUGUUUAGUGGUGUGGACAACAUAUACUGUGUGUUCUUGGGGAGCUUGCACAACCUUAGCAUGCUGAACAAGCAAUAUGGGCUAUCAAAGGGAACCAAUGAGGCAAUGUUCAUCUUUGAAGCCUAUAGGACCCUCCGUGAUAGAGGUCCAUACCAUGCUGAUCAAGUCCUCAAGGAACUUGAGGGCAGUUUUGGAUUUGUCAUCUAUGACAACAAGGAUGGAACUGUUUUUGUUGCUUCUGGUUCUAAUGGCCAGAUUGGACUCUAUUGGGGUAUUGCAGUUGAUGGAUCAGUAGUUGUUUCUGAGGACUUGGAACUUAUCAAAGCAAGUUGUGCUAAAUCUUUUGCUCCCUUCCCAACUGGUAUGCAAAUUUAGCUAGAAUGCAAAAUCACUUGUAUGUUGUUGUCACUAGUUAUAAAGUAAAUAAAAAUUGUACAUCUAAAUAGUUUUGAAAUAAAGUAAUUAAACAAAUAAAAUUUACUCAAAACCACUUAAUUUUGAACUAAUUUG